AUGGAUCCUGGCUAUAUGGACAACACCCCCGUGAGACCGCCGCCUCCCGGGCAGGUGUCCAAUUUCACCAAUCCCGAAUCACGGUCUCGCCAGGUGUACAUCCUUAUCGCCGUACUAUCUGCUGUGAUAGUUCUGCUGAUACCUUCGCGUAUCUAUUCCCGACUGAAGAUCACCCGCUCGCUCGGUGCGGAUGGCUGGCUCUGUAUAGCUGCGACGGUGAGGCUCUAUUCGUUGCUGCCCAGUAGCUCACAGCGGCUGUGA